AUGUUUAUUCAGCCUUCUAAGAAGGCAGGAAUCGUGGUCGCAGGCAAUGGUCAAACACAGCUCCUUGCCUCGUCCCGUGGGGACAGUGAGAAAGUGUCUGGGGACCUUGGCAGGCUGCAGAUGGAGAGUGAGGUUGCCAAGGCGGAGGUCAGGGAGGUUCUGCAGGCCUUGGAGGAGCUGGCUGUUAACUACGAUCAGAAGAGCCAGGAGGUGGAGGACAAGAGUUUGCAGAACAAACUACUGGCUGAGGAACUGGCCAAGAAAAUGGCCCACCUGAUGCGUAUCGAGGCGGACUUGUGUCGUCUACAGGAAGUGAGUGUUCAUCAGAGGAAGCGCAUUGCCGAGGUUCUCAACGGCUUGAUGAGGGACCUUUCUGAGUUCAGCGCUAUCGUGGGCAACAAGGACAUCAAACUGCCGAUGGAGAUAACGGGGGCGAUCGAGGAGGAGUUUACAGUAGCUCGUCUCUACAUCAGUAAGAUCAAGUCAGAGGUCAAGUCCAUGGUGAAACGCUGUCGUCAGCUAGAGAACCUUCAGAUGGAGUUUCACAGGAAGAUGGAGCAGACUGGAAGAGAGCUGUCCUCUUGCCAACUACUCAUCUCACAGCAUGAGGUGAAGAUCCGUUCCCUGACAGAGUACAUUCAGAACGUAGAGCAGAAGAAGAGCCAGCUGGAGGAGAACGUUGACUCUCUGAGUGAAGAACUGGACAAACUGCAGGCUCAAGAGAGCAUGUCAGCAGGGACAAAGGGAGAGAAUCAGACAGACGUUGAGGAGUCUGCUGAUGUCAAGAUGGAGGCUCACCGUGAGACCCACCACAAGCAGCUGGGACGACUCCGAGAUGACAUCAACAAGAAACAGAAGAUCAUUGACGACCUCACUGAUCGUAACUGUCGUCUUCAUCUGGAGUUGGAACAUCUGACGAGCGACUUUGACCGUCUCAUGAGACAGGAGCACCAGAAGAGUCUGCAACUGGAGGAGCUGACAUGUCUUUAUGAACGCCACGAGCAGUCGAAGCAGGACCUUAAAGGGCUGGAGGAGACUGUCGCUCGUGAACUCCAGACUCUCCACAACCUGCGGAAGCUUUUUGUUCAAGACCUCACGAUUCGAGUCAAACGACAUUCAGAGAUGGAGCGAGAUGAUAGCGGGGGAUCUCGCCACCAAAAGCAGAAGAUUUCCUUCCUUGAGAACAACCUGGACCAGCUUACAAAGGUUCACAAACAGUUGGUACGUGACAACGCAGACCUGCGUUGUGAACUUCCGAAGCUUGAGAAGCGUCUUCGGUCUACGGCUGAGAGAGUGCGGGCGUUGGAGGGUGCACUGAAGGAGGCUAAGGAGGGGGCUAUGAAGGACCGGAGACGCUAUCAACAGGAAGUAGAGAGGAUCAAAGACGCUAUGAGGGUCAAGAACCCCCUACGCAGGCCGCACGCCGCUCAGAUAGCCAAGCCGGUCCGUCCGGGCCAGUUCCCGCUCUGCUCUCCCACCAACCCCUGGGUCCGUAUUACUGAACGGCAACACUCCAUCCAUUUUAGUAAUGCCAUGUUCCAGAUGCCCAGUCUGACCCCCAGUCAGAUAGCCAGUCAUCAUGCUGCAUCCCUAGCAACAGCCCCUUACUUCAAACCCUCCCAGAGCAAGGACCAGUCCAACAAUCACAACUCCACUGAGUCCAACAUGCCCCAGACCAACGAGUCCAGCAUGUCCCAGACCAACCAGUCCAACAUGCCCCAGACCAACAAGUCCAACAUGCCCCAGACCAACAAGUCCAACAUGCCCCAGACCAACAAGUCCAACAUGCCCCAGACCAACAAGCUGCCAGAUGAGCCAGUCAACAGCCCCACAAUGGACAACAGCCCCACAAUGGACAACAGCCCCACAGUGGACAAUAGCCCCACAGAGGACAACAGCCCCACAGAGGACAACAGCCCCACAGAGGACAAUAGCCCCACAGUGGACAACAGCCCCACAGAGGACAACAGCCCCACAGUGGACAACAGCCCCACAGUGGACAACAGCCCCACAGAGGACAAUAGCCCCACAGUGGACAACAGCCCCACAGUGGACAACAGCCCCACAGAGGACAACAGCCCCACAGUGGACAACAGCCCCACAGUGGACAACAGCCCCACAGAGGACAAUAGCCCCACAGUGGACAACAGCCCUACAGUGGACAACAGCCCUACACCCCACAGAGGACAAUAG